AUGGCGGAGUCUUUGGCCCAGGGGAUGGUUUGCACAGCUCGCCGCGACGUGCGCCGCACCCCCGGACUGCACAGGAUCCCAGCGAGCGACCGAGUCGGACGCAGGGCUCGCUCUGAGCAGUUUCGUUGGGGCAAGUUCGCGGGCGCCCCGCCCGGCGCCCUCAACGUCGUGACCGGCGGACCGCCCGAGGCGCUGGCGGACGGCAGCAGCACAGGCCAGACCCUCAUCGACCAUCCGAAGCUGGACAAGGUGUCCUUCACGGGCAGCUCCGCGGCGGGCCGCUCCAUGCUCGAGUCCUCGGCGAGGCGGCUGCGGCCCACGGCCCUGGAGCUGGGCGGUAAGUCCGCCUUUAUCGUCUUCGACGACUCGGAAGAGUACCUGGACGCCGUGGUGGAUUGGGCGAUGGUCGGCAUAUUCUCUAACGCGGGCCAGGUGUGCUCAGCGACAAGCAGAUUGCUGGUGCAGAAGGGCAUCGAGGCGGAGCUGACCUCGCGCCUGAAACUCGCGGCGGCUAAGAUCCGCGUAGGCGACCCCAUGGCCGAGGGCACCCAGAUGGGCCCGGCCGUGUCCAAGGUUCAGCAAGAGAAGAUCCUCGACGCUCUCUCGCGUGCCCGCGAAGCGGGCUGCACUGUGCAUGCGGCCGAGCUGGCAAUCCCGGAGGCCCUGCAGGGAGGUUUCUACGUGCCGCCCGCCCUCGUGACCGAGGUCCCCGUGGAUUCGAGCGCAUGGAGGGACGAGAUAUUCGGGCCGGUGCUGGCGAUCAGGAGUUUCUCCACCGAAGACGAGGCCAUCGAGCUCGCUAACGCGACGCACUUCGGGCUCGCCAAUGCCGUGGGCCGGCGGGCUCUGCCGACACGGAGCGCUGCGCUCGGGUGGCUCGCAAGUUGCAGAGCGGCGUGGUGUGGGAGAAUUGCUCGCAGGUGCUAUCCACCAGGCACCCCUUUCGGGGGGCGCGUGGGCAAGACCAGCGGCUUCGGGUGGGAGCUCGGCGUGGUCGGCCUGAUGGAGUACGUGAGCGGCAAGACCGUCGUGAGCGCCGCCAAGCCUGGCUUCUCCUGGGGCGCGUACUCGUGA